AUGUCGAAGAGUGCGUUGGAUAUGUUCACGAAAUGUUUGGCACUGGAGUUGGCCCACAAUGGCGUCCGAGUCAAUGGAAUCUAUCCGGCGCCUAUCAAAAGUGGAUUCUAUGACAACUUGGGUCUAACGAGUGAUGAAUUGGACGCCAUUUACGAGCAAAUACCUCAACAGAUCCCAUUGGGGCGUAUGGUUCGGCCCAUAGAGAACGUAAACGCCGUACUGUUUAUAGCGUCGCGUGACUCAAGUUUCGUGACCGGGAGUACACUUGUUUGCGAAGGGGGCUACCUAUUAAAAUAAUGCACGUUAUCGUUCACAGUCGAUUGG